AAAAGAAUGGACGCAUUGAUAAAGAUUAUUUCAAGUAUAGAUGGCAACCAUAUGGAUGUAAUUUGCCAAGAUUUAAUGGAACUGAAUUGGUGUUGAAAUACAAAGGAAAACGCAUAAUGUUUGUUGGGGAUUCACUUGGUCAAAAUCAAUGGGUUUCUCUUGCAUGUAUGCUUCAUGCUUCACUACCACAAGCCAAGUAUAGCAUGGACAAAAUUGGAAAGAUUUAUACAUUCACCCUUUUGGAAUACAAUAUUUGGUUAUUGUUCCUUGGGAAUCCACUCAUUGUUGAUACUAUCACUCAAAAAGGCUCAAGAGUACUCAAGAUUGAUUCAAUUAGUUCUGCAAAUAUUUGGAAACAAAUGGAUGUGUUGAUUUUUAAUACAUGGCAUUGGUGGGAUCGCAAAGGGAAAAAACAAACUUGGAAUGUGAUUCAAGAAGGGAAUAUUACGUAUAAAGAUAUGGAUAGAAUGGAACUUUAUAAGAAAGGAUUAAAUACAUGGGCCAAAUGGGCUGAUUCUAAUCUUAAUUCAACAAAAACAAGAAUCUUUUUUCAAGGAGUUUCUCCUGAUCAUGAGGGAUGUAAAGGAAAAACAGGACCAGCACAAAGUCCAGGAAAUAUACAUCCAGGAGAAAUAGAACUGGAAAAAGUUUUGAAAAAUAUAUCAAAAUUAUUCAUCCGUCUGAUCAACAUAACAAGAUUAUCACAAUACAGAUCGGACGGCCAUCAAUCCAUCUAUACUAAUAGUAUGGAUUGUAUCCAUUGGUGUCUACCUGGGGUCCCUGAUGCAUGGAAUCAACUCCUUUAUUAUUUUCUCAUUUCAUAAUUUUAAAAUGUAUAUAAAGGUAUAGUUGGAUGGUAUGAAUCUGAAUCAGUCGGAUUAGUAGGUUAAGAAUCGGGUGAGACUUGAUCGGCUAACUUCCUAUCAAGAUCAAAACCUUAUAAGUUAAAUGUUUUCGUUGUCAACGAGGUAUUAUAUUUGAA